GCGGGCGGCUCCGAGUGCUCAGCGCCCCCGGGCGCGCGUUUAGUCGCGGAGGCGCAGCAGUGGACGAGUCUUGAAGCAACAUGGCUGACAGCAAGGCCAAGCCUGGCAAAGCUGCCAACAAGACACCACCCAAGUCCCCAGGAGACCCAGCCAAGGACAAAGCUGCUAAGAGGUUGUCACUGGAGUCAGAGGGUGCCAAUGAGGGGGCAGCUGCGGCCUCUGAGCUCAGUGCCCUGGAGGAGGCCUUCCGACGGUUUGCAGUACAUGGGGACACCAGGGCAACAGGGAAGGAGAUGCAUGGCAAGAACUGGUCCAAACUGUGCAAGGACUGCCACGUGAUCGAUGGGAAGAAUGUGACUGUCACUGAUGUGGACAUUGUCUUCAGCAAGAUCAAAGGGAAGUCCUGCAGGACCAUCACCUUUGAGCAGUUCCAGGAGGCACUGGAGGAGCUGGCCAAGAAGCGGUUCAAGGAUAAGAGCAGUGAGGAUGCUGUGCGUGAGGUGCACCGGCUCAUUGAGGGACGCGCACCGGUCAUCUCUGGUGUCACGAAAGCUGUGUCCUCACCCACGGUGUCACGGCUGACAGACACAACCAAGUUCACAGGCUCCCACAAAGAGCGCUUUGACCAAUCAGGGAAGGGCAAGGGCAAAGCUGGCCGCGUGGACCUGGUGGAUGAGUCAGGCUAUGUGCCUGGCUAUAAGCAUGCAGGCACCUAUGACCAGAAGGUGCAGGGGAGCAAGUAGCCUUACAGGCUGAAGAUCUGGACACUUACAGGUGCCAGGCACGGGACUUACACCCAUUGCACUUCAUUACAUUCCUAGGUUCAACUGGGCAGAACUCAAACAGCACCUCCACCAGGCAACAGCGGGGGCAAUGCCCAGGACCCCUCCUACUGGGUGCUUGACACUUCUCUCUCAGACCCCAGGUUUGGGCCAUGAUUCAUUGUCCUUUCCUAACAUACCUGCCCCGUCCACAACUGGGAAGUAGACUGCUAUUUGUAAACUGCCUCCCAGGAUCAUAUCACACUGGCCACUUGAUCUGCAGGUAAAAAGGGGUACUUUGGCGUGUUGGUAGAAAUGAGGAUGAGCAGAGCAGACAUCAGAACUUACACUGACCUUAUCUAGGCACUUCCAGGGCAGCAGGAGCCAAGAAACUAACCAACUGCAUAGAGUAAUCAUAAACAGGGCCCUUUCCUGACCAGAGGACAUGGCUGAGGCUACCGGGUGGUUGUCUCAGUGUGUGUGGGAACAGGUCACAUCAGCACACAUGUGCAUGUGGGUACACACGUACACACACACACACACACACACACACACACACACACACACA